AUGAGUAAGAGUGGGUUCGGAAGCUAUGGCAGCAUGUCUGCUCAGGGUGGAGCUAGUGGAGGCAGUGACCAACCGUCUGAGGGAAGUGUAGCUCUAGUUACUAAAUCCCCCAGACUCGGGGCCCGAAUUCAGGAAAUUAUACCUUGUUGUGUAAACCAGCUGCUCACCUCUACUCUGGUUGACAACGUGUUCAAGAUUAGGGGAGUUGUAGUUUCCCAGGUCUCCAUUGUGGGGAUAAUCAGACGGGCAGAGAGGGCUCGAAACAGCAUUCUUUACAAAAUCGAUGAUAUGACCUCGAAGCCAAUCGAGGCCCGGCAUUUGCUUGGCAGAGUUAAAGCCAAGCAUACCACUCCGCUACCAGUCGGAGUAUAUGCUAAAGCGUUUGGCUUCCUUAAAUAUUCCAUGGGAGCAAAGAGUCUCGAGGUAUUGAAAAUCCGUGUCUUGGAGGACAUGAAUGAGUUCACCGUACAUAUCCUGGAAACGGUCAAUGCACACAUGAUGCUGGAUAAAGCCCAUCAGGAGACCGCUGGGGAAAGUGUGCCUUCGGCCCCAUCGCAAAUGGAUGACGUCGGGGAUUCUCACGAGAGUUGCCUCCGCCUCAUCCGGAAGAAAGUGCUGCGUUUGAUUCACGAGUGUCCUCAACAGGAAGGGAAGAGCAUCCAGGAGCUCCAGACCCAGCUCAGCAGCCUGAACAUCAAAGCCAUCAAGGAAGCGAUUAAUUAUUUGACCAUUGAGGGCCACAUCUAUUCCACUGUGGAUCAGGAGCACUUUCGAGCCACUGAUUGA